GCCAGAGAGAGAGGCAGUGAGGGAGCAGAUGCAUGGAUGGGACUAUCGAAGGAGGAAUUUGAUGAGCUAUUGACCAUGCAAGUGGAAAAGAAGCCCGUAAUAAACAAAUAAAUCGGUUGGCAACAAGGAGGCUGCGGAUGCAGAUAACGGCGCGACGCAACAGCCAUCAGUGUGAUUUACAGUCCAGUCGUCGUUGGUGGUCUCGGCGGCGGAUUAAUAACCAGUCAUAAAGAAGAGAGGAGGGGGGCUGUGUUGCAGGAGGACCAGAGUGAAGGCACUGAUAGAGGAAGGAAGAGAGAGGAGGAGUGUGUAGAAGAAAGAAAAAGAGAGAGAGAGUGGAGUACAUAAAGCCAGAGUUGUGAUCAUGAGCUUCGCAUUGCCUUACGGAUCGCUGUCAGCCCGUCCGAGCCCGAGCAGACGGUCCUUGGACUGGGAGCACGAGCGCCUGGCUGUGCGAAGGCUUUCCUCACCCCGGGGUCUUGAUCUGCUCACUCCACCUCCUCCUCCUCGCCGGCCCUCUGCGAUUCCCGGCUACCUGCUGCCACCGUACCAGGAGCAGGAGGAGCAGCUCCACCACCAGCAGCAGCGACUUUCCUUGUCCAUCGGCUCAGAGGCCUCCCUGGCUCCACCGGCACCUCCACCUGUGGGCGCUGUCCCACCUUGCUGCCGCCCAGUUGGAGUCAUGCACCUUCUACGCCUGGGUCUUCUAGCCUUCAGCUGCCUCUUCUGGGCAGCUGGCUUGGCCAUCUUCACUCUCGGGGUUUGGGCGCAGAUUUCCCUGGCUGACUUCAUGCUGCUGUCUGCCAACCGCUACCCCAACGCCCCUCUCAUUCUUCUGUCGACCGGGGCUGCCGUCACCACCUGGGGGUUCCUGGGUUGCCUUGGGGUGGCUGCAAAUCUACCAUGCGUCCUCAGGGCUUAUGGGUUCUUUCAACUCGCUGCGCUUGUAGCAGGGUUGGCAGCUGGACUCUCAGGUCUCUUCUACCGCGAAGACAUUGCUGGGGGGUUUCGCAGUGGCCUACAGCGAGCGGUGGCCGGCUACACUGAAGAUGAAGGCCGUGCUGAUGCAUUAGACAGCCUCCAGAGGGCCCUGGAGUGUUGUGGAGCUGAAGGUUGGCGUGACUGGCUCACUUCAGACUGGGCUAUCCAGCACAUGAGCUUCUUACCUAACGAGAACGGCAGCGCGGUAUCCUUACCCGACAGCUGCUGCGUGAGGCGCAAGGGCUGCAAGAAUCGACCUCUUCUGCCAGAUUACGUUGAAGAAGUAGAAGCUGCAGGAAUCCAUCCACACGGCUGUUUUCGUAAAGUCUUUAGUAUGGUCAACGACAACGUCUUCCACAUUGCCGCUACUGUGUUAGGAUUGGCUUUUACCCAAAUUGGAGGCAUUGCACUGGCUUGUCUGCUCGCCAACAAAAUGGCACCAAGACAACGUCACCGUGUGGUGGCACAUUAAUAGUUUAACGAUGAACAUUAAGAGUAACCAACUUGUAGAUAACAAGGAUUGGAAAUGAACUAUGUACUUAAAGAGCCAUAGAGUUGCAAAGUUUGGUGUCUUAUUUCCUAACCAAGUCAGUUGAAUGCAUAGAAAAUGCAAGUUUAUAUGCAUUAGGAGGCUUUUCAAGGCUUGGAUGGACAUGAAAAUUCUCCAUUGAAAAAUUCUAUUCAAUUGGUACCAAAGAACAUGAGCUCUCACAUGAGAGCUCUCAACAAAGCUUUGAAAUCUAACAUCCAGCUUGAAAAUUGGAUUUGAAACCAAAUUAUGAAAUUCUUUAAGAAAAAAUAUUUUCAGUUUCUGGGUCAAUCAGAAUUUAGAGACUAAACCAUGUGGUAUCAACAUAUGGUAAUGUAACCCAACAGUAUUGUUAGAUUAUCCAAAAGACAUUUUUUGUACUAUGGUGGGAAUUACUAAUAACUCAUGAUCAACAUGGAAGUAAGUGGUAAAAAUAAUUCUCAUCACACUUUGCAACUCUUGUACUCAUUUUGCCUGUCUUCUGCACAAUGCCAAAAAAAUGUUCCUUUGAAUCGGUGUUGUUCUGAGGAAUUGGUGAAAUGAGUGGUUAAAGCUCCUGUGAGGAACUUUUGUUGUUUUUGGCGCCCCUGUGUGGACAAACUGGAACCUCCCUUUUCUCAUUGAUUUUGUCAAAUGCUUGUGUAAGUUGUUUUUUCUACUGAAAUUAUCAUCCCACUGUCCUUUAACAGUCAAAAGUACCGCCAGGAUUGGAAAAUGUAAACAAGGCAUGUUUGGGAAAGUGUAUUAAAUCAAUUCUGACACCUACCUCGCUGCAGCAGUGUCAUCGGAAUUGCAAAAUAGUAAUAAUAUAUCAUGUCGAUUAUGGUUUCACUUACUGUUGUAGCUCAUAAAGAGUUAACGGUAGAAAAUUCAGUUGGUUUCAAUGCCAGUGGAAAAACUCCUCACAGGAGCUUUAAUUUCAUUUCAAACCUGCAAAGUAAAUGUAGCAUCAUUAAAUUGAGGUUGAGUCAGAUUAGACAGCAGAACUGUAAAUAUCAAAAACUAGAUUCCAGUACUUUUUCCUGAUUAACAAGAAAGCUUUGUUAAUUAACAGUGUAAAUACAAUGCAUGGGUUAAUACGCUGCUAUAUAUAGAAUGUAUGAAAACACAUGGAAAAUGAUCCCUGAGACCCUUUUGAGAACCGUGUUCAGUACACCUCAAAAAUGAAUGCACAGAAAUAUUCACCAGCAGUUUUCCACUUCACAUGAUUGAGUCUGCCUGUGUUCAGCAGAUGUUCAUAUCUACAUCACUGAGUCUUCCCAUCACAAAGACUACACUAUGCUAUGAUGGUGCUGCUAAAAACGAGCUUAAUAAUCUAAUGCUGUCUGUCAUAUUUUAAGCUGUUGAUACAUCUGAGAGGCUGUACAGUGAUCAUUUGCACUGUGUUGAGUUGCUGCAACAUAAUGACUGCUUUGAAAAUAGUUUCUUCCAGAUGUCUCUGUAUAUUCUGAAGCACAAGUUGUUUAAAAUCAGUAAAUGUGAAUAACCCUUUAGAACAACACUCGAACAAUGCUAACACAGGCCUUUAAGACAGACUGCUAGCAUGAAACAGUGCGUCUGAAUAAGAUGUGAAUUUCAUUUCUUCCACAUGACACUGAAGCUGACUUCAAUAAAAAUCUUUGGGAAAUAAA